CCACGCCCGUUGAUCAACUCCAAGGGCGAGAAAGUAUGGCCCGUAGAGAAAAUUCUUGCGGAAGAAAAGACAUCGACGGGCAAGGAGUAUUUUGUGAAGUGGAAGGGUUUUGGGGACGAGAAGAACACUUGGGAGCCGAUCGAAAACGUCCGGCAGCUCGCAGCGAUGUCAGACUGGUUGAGUAGG